CACGUUUUCUGUUUUUCGACUUAAUACGUAUAUUUUCAUUUACAACACUUCACAACAACGACACAUUCACAACCCGAUUCCUAACCUAAAAAUUUCUCAACUUUUGCACACCACUGACAUACCAAAUUUACCAAUAACGCCUCCCACGAAUUGCAUCACGCCUGGAAUCUCCAUUUAUAUUACUGGCUAUUCUGGGAAUACUUCAAAAUUAUAAUUUUUCGGAAGAAAGUGUUGGAAAAAGAUUCUUAGAAAAGAAAUGAUUGGAAAAGGGUAAAAAACGUCAAUUGACCAGAACAAACUUGACCGUGAUUUUGAUUAGCCCGGUACACUGAAUGUUUUUGUAUCGAGUUUCCGGCUUUCAAACUUCAAAACGGACGUCAAAGGAAAUAAAUUGUCACAAAAUUCCAUGGUUUCGAAAAAAGAGCCAAUAAAGGAUGAUAAACAAAAAAAUAAUCAAGAUAAGUUUAAAAAACCAUUCGGAUUUUGUUGUGAUAAAAAUUCACCGGAUUCAGACACCAGAUAUAAUCAACGGAAACCACCUUUCACGUCUUCUUUGAGUAACGUAGUAUUGCAUGGAGGCGGUCCGGAUUUGAAAUUCCGUGUAAAGGACAUUUUUGUGACAAAAUCUAUUCCAAGAUCUGGAACGCAGAAAUCUUCUGUCAAAUCUAAUAUUGCUCGCCUUGGUAGCUGUAGAUGGUGCCGUGGUCCCAUUAAUUACUAUUUGGAGGAUGAAAUUUCCGUUGCUCAAGAAAUGUUUGCAAAACAAAAGCAGGAUCGGUUCAAUCAAGAUGUUCAAAAAGAUGCAACUUCCGCUAGAAGAAAAAUUUUGAAACUUCGAAAACGCAAGGGAGGUAUUCUGAAACCCAAACAAUCCCAAACCGAAGAUGAAAAUAAUUCUGAAACUGCGAAAAAUGACAAAUGAAAAAAUAAUAUAACUUCUUUGACCAUUAAAACUAU